GCUCUCGGUUUGCACCCGCCCGCGGGCUCUCCCACUGCUGCCGUGGCUGCUCCGUGGCGUCCUGAUCCGGCUUUUGGCACGGCCCGCGGCGACGGCCCCACGGGCACGCCGGACUUCCCCAGCAUGGCCGCGCAGGCAGCCGACCCCGUGCCGCGCGUCUCGCUGAGCUCUGGCGCCGGGAUGCCGCAGAGCGGGCUGGGGUGCUGGCGCGCGCCGCCAGGUGAGGUGGAGACCGCCGUGGCGGCCGCGCUCGACCAGGGCACGCGGCACCUGGACUGUGCGGCCAUCUACGGCAACGAGGAGCUGUUCGUGACGAGCAAGCUGUGGAACACCGAGCACGCUCCUGAUCGGGUGCGUCCUGCAUGCAUGCGCACGCUUCAGGACCUGCAGCUGAAGUAUCUCGACCUGUAUCUCAUCCACUGGCCCUUCGUGACCUACGACCACGGGAUCGAGCGGGAGGAGGGUAUGGAGGAGGUGCAUUUCACAGAAACGUGGCGCUCAAUGGAGGCGCUGGUCGAAGAAGGACUGGUGCGUUCAAUCGGUCUUUCCAACUUUAACUCGUCACAGGUGCGCGAGAUCCUGGCACUCCCUGGUCUGAAGGUCAGGCCUGCCGUGUUGCAGGUGGAGUGCCAUCCGUACCUGGCACAGAAGCGCCUGCUGAGUUUCUGCCAAGCGGAAGGCAUCGCGUUCACAGCUUAUUGCCCGCUCGCGAACCCUGCGGCGCCUGAGGGGAUGCGCAUGUUUGGCUGCGAGGGCGGAUGGCGCGACAGAUCAGUCAUGGAGGAAGCCGUGGUCCUCGAGGCUGCUGCAGCACACGGCCGGACGGCCGCCCAGGUGGUCCUGCGGUGGAACGUGCAGCGCGGUGUGAUCGUGAUCCCCAAGACCAAGAGUCCCGCUCGUCUGCUCGAGAACGCGGCGAUCUUCGACUUCGUCUUGAGCGAGGCCGAGAUGGCAGGCAUUGACAAGCUGGACGCCGGGCCGUGGUGGGCCGCGCUGGCGCUCCUGGCCACCGCGCCGCGGCGCCUGCUGUGCCAGGAGCUGUGCCCGGCGGGCGCCGCCUCGGCCUCGUGCAGGCCCGGAGGCGACGGCGCCGCGGCCGAGGCGCAGGUCGAGGCAGAGGUGCAGGGGGCCGAUUUGCUGGCUCAGGAGCUCGCGGAGCUGGAGGACUUCAUCCGCAUGGGCGAGGGCCGCAUCGCUCUCCUGAAGGAGCUGCGGGCCGCGCUGCGGUCGGGGAAUGCAGACUCCCCGGGUGUUCCGGCUGGGGUGCUGCGGGAGCCGCUGCCGCUGCUGUCGGAGGUGCGCGUGGACCCGCACGCCUCCCCGGUGGCCAUCCCAGAGGACUUCUUGGUGUCGAAGGCCGUGCUCCCCCAGGACGAGCCCGUGGGGCUCGUGAAGUUCCUGCCUCUGCGCAGCCCGAGGGCGUCCUCCAGCUCUUCCUCCUCCAAGCACCACGUCGAGAUGCCCUCCGCGCUCCUCAUUGCCGCUCAGAGUGACGGCAUAGUGAGGCUCUACACGCCGCCUGGCGACAUGGUGCUCGAGUUCGCCACGGGCCACGACCACCCGGUCACACAGCUUGCCUCCUCUCUCUCGCACGACGAGUAUCUCGUCGUCACCGGCGAUGCGGGCGGAGGCAUUCGGGUUCACAGGAUCUCCGUGCGGGCAAGGCGGCUCACCAAGGACCAGAAGAAGGCACGCCGUGCCUCCAUGGAUGAGAAGGUCUCCCAGUACAUGAACGCCGAGGUGAACGUGACCGCCCAGCUUCAGAGGCAGAUGCAGCUCCCGGCCGACGGCGAGGGCAAUGUGCCGGCCAUGACCGCGCUAGUGAUGGCCUCCCAGGGUGGCACCAAGUACUUCAUGGCAGGCGACUCGGCUGGCCAGGUGAGCGUCUUCACGAAGAACGGGACCCUCCGCGCUCAGAUCGACGUUGGUGAUCCGGGCGGAGCUGGUGUUCUAAGCCUGCACGCGCAGCUCAGCAGCGUGCUCUUCCGGGCGGAGGGCCAGUGGGGGUACAUCGACAUGGAGAAGAUGGUACCGCGGCCAGUGUCGUGCCCGCAGCUCGACGGCCGCGUCGUGGCGGCAGUGCUCGACAGCCAGAUGGCCUCUCGGGCGAUGGUCGUCGACGAGACGGGGGUGACCUCGAUCUAUAGUGUGAAGAACAAGAAGGACUGCUCCCUGGAGCUCCGCUUCGAGGCGGCGGCGACGGGCGGGCACCCUGGGUCUGUGCAGCUCGCCUCCGUGCGCGGCUUCGCCCUGGCGCUGCGCCAGGGCGAGGGGCGGGCGUCGUUGACGGCCCUGAACGUGAGCCAGGCCGGUAAGCGGGCGGGCGACCUCAGCCCGCCGACCCAGUCGGUCGUGUGGAGCCAGGACCGCCCACCCGCUCGCGCCUGGUCCGUGCACAAGCGCCAGCAGCAGGGCGACCUGCUCGCCUUCCUCUCUGAGGAUGGCACGGAGAUCGAGAUCAUGGAGUUGCUGAUGGUUGUGCACACGCCUCCGAGCCGGGACACCUUCAGCGACUUCAAGAUGCCCGUCAUUGGGGUGGCAAUAGUGCUCGUCCUGGGCUACCAGUUCCUGAAGAAUGGGGGCAAGCUCGGCGUGGGGAGGAAAGCCGGCGGCCUCGGCAACCGCGACUUCAGGUCAGUUCUGAACAAGAGGAAAGGAGGCAUCGGCGGUCUCGGUCGGCGCGGCCGGUGA